AUGCUACAAGGACUGCACAGUGAUGAUGAAAGCAUAGAGGGUACAGACAGAGGUGAAGAUGAUGAUGGAGUCGAAGACAGAGGUGAAGACGGAGUUGAAGAUGGAGGAGAAGAUGUAGAUGAGGACAGAGACGAAGAUGUAGAUCGCGACAUGGAUGGAGUUGAUGGUGGAGAUGAAGAUGUGGGUGAAGACGAUGAUGAAUAUGGAGACACAGACGAAUACGGAGACGAUGAUAAAGAUGAUGAUGUUAGCUGUGUUCAAUUGGAAAGUAGUACUGUUGGAGGUGGAGACAGAAGUAGAGUUGGCAACAAGGACAAAGAUGGAAAAGAUGCAAAUGAAGAAGAGGAUAGAGAUAAAGAUCAAGACGUUGAAGAUGUUGGUGAAGACGAAGAUAGAGAUGGAGAAAGAUACCUUUUGGUGGCGAGGAUGAAGAUGAUGUUAGCUGGGUUCCAUCAGAGAGUAGUACUGUAA